AUGCUUUACUCAGCUUUACGUGAAGCUUUGGAAGACGAAAAUGAAGAGGAGACCGUACCUUCAAUCAAACGAACGGACCGUUAUAGUUUCAAUUUCAAGCACAGCAACUUAAUAUCAUUGAGCUCAGAUAAGAGAACAGCUGAACGUCGAUGUCAAUUUUUAAAUGCUGGAAAUGGCAUAGUUUUUAGUGAUCAACUUUUACGAGAUAAUGAAUUGUUCGAGGUUUGUGUUGAUAAGUUGGUUCCUGCUCUUUUUGGAGGAAGUGAUAUUACACUGGACAUAGGAGUGACGUCGUUGAAUCCAUCGUACAUGAAUUUACCACGAACAAUGACUGAUCUUACAACUAGAACGUGGAUGCUGAGUGGUGAUCAGGUCGUGAAAAAUAAAGUAAUAAUCAAACAAAGAUAUUGUCAAGAUCUUAACACCUUAUCUGUUGGAGAUCGUAUUGGUGUUUGUAAAACAGAAAAUGGCUCUCUUCAUUUUUUCAUUAAUGGAAAACACCAAGGACUUGCUGCUUCAAGUUUACCCCAAGAUGUUUUUGCUGUCGUCGAUCUUUAUGCAAAAUGUACCAAAGUGUCUAUUGUAUCACCUGGAGGUCCAACAACUUUCCCGUACUCCCAUACCCUGGAAGAUGAUUAUUUUGACAAAACUCCAAAAUACAACAAGUGUUUUUGUGAUAGCUGCCACAAAGCUCGUGGAGAUAAAGAAUGCUACACUCGUGGUAAUCCACCAAAGACCUAUGCUUUACCUCUUGGUUGGAGCAGAUUUGCCAUCAACUUUACAGAUCCAAAAACUAGAAAAGAAUCAAUUGCCCAAGUAGCAUUGCAAGUUUUAAUUCGACCUGGAUCAUACAAUGUUGGAAGAACUACUGUGGAACGCUCACAGCCAUUUGAUUCGAAUUUCAGUGAUAAUGAAUUGGAAUGGUCGACGAAAGAAAGAGGAGCAAUAAUUGUAACGGGAUUAUUGAUCAAAGUUACUUAG